AUGACGAACUCUUCGCAGGUGCAUUCGGUUAUGCGAGCACUGCGCCUAGCUACUCGUGCCGUCAGAGGUGGUAUACAAAAUGGCUGGCAACGAAACUCGAUGGCGACUGUCGCACCGCCAGUCACUCAAAAUGCCGCUGGGUCCCUGGGGCCGACAGCGAUGCUAUUCCUGAACAUGGGAGGACCAUCUACGACCGGCGAAGUUCACGAUUUUCUAAGCAGACUAUUUGCCGAUGGCGACCUAAUACCUCUGGGAAGACUACAAGCAUACAUCGGGCCGCUCAUCGCAAGCAGGCGUACGCCCAAGAUCCAGAAGCAAUACUCAGACAUCGGCGGUGGCUCUCCAAUUCGAAAAUGGUCUGAGUACCAGUGUGCGGAGAUGUGCAAGAUCCUGGAUAAUACGUCUCCCGAGACGGCGCCACACAAACCAUACGUUGCGUUCCGAUACGCCAAUCCCCUGACCGAAGACACUUACGCAAAGAUGAUGGAUGAUGGGUUUGGUCGAGGGAACGGAGGCAGGGCUGUCGCUUUUACACAGUACCCGCAGUAUUCGUGCUCCACAACCGGCAGCUCGUUGAACGAGCUAUGGAAGUGGCGAAACAGGUUGGAGGGCAAGCGCGGGACAGGUGAAGAGCAGCCCGAGGGUGCCAUCAAAUGGAGUGUCAUUGACCGCUGGCCUGCUCACGCUGGCUUGGUAGAAGCCUUCGCCCAGAAUAUUGAGGCCAAACUCGCAGAAUACCCUGAACACGAACGGAAGGAUGUCGUCCUGCUGUUCUCGGCUCACAGCCUGCCUAUGAGCGUAGUCAACAGAGGCGACCCGUACCCAGCGGAAGUUGCGGCAACUGUCUACGCCGUCAUGAAUCGACUCAAGUUUUCGAACCCUUAUCGGCUUUGCUGGCAGUCUCAGGUUGGUCCUUCGGCGUGGCUGGGUGCCCAAACCAGCGACUCGGUCAAAGAGUACGUGGCUAGGGGUCAGACUAAUCUGGUUCUUGUUCCAAUUGCUUUUACCAGCGACCACAUUGAAACACUAUACGAGCUAGACAUGGAAGUUAUGCAUGAAGACGCUGGGGGUCAUCCCGGCGUCAAACGAGCGGAAAGCCUGAAUGGUAGCCCGGUCUUCAUCCAGGCCCUCGCAGACAUUGCGAGAGACCAUCUACGGAGCGGAGAGAGCUGCUCACGGCAGAUGGGCCUACGAUGUCAGGGAUGUAAGAGUGAGCGGUGCUUGGAGCAGAAAAAGUUCUUCGCUGGCCAGUCGAACCUACUACCGGCCAUUAAAUAG